AUGGAGGGUGCGAAAUUGCCUAGACCAAUGCGAUUAGACCCUAGUCAGAGGGAUCUAAGUGUAUUCUGCGAUUACCACGAGACUCAUGGACAUCAGACCGCCGAUUACCGUCACCUACGUGAUGAAGUCGCACGGCUAUUAAAGAAUGGUCAUUUAAGAGAGUUCUUGAGUGAUAGGGCUAAAGAGAAUAAUAGUAAAAAUAGGGAUUCAAUCAAGCAGGAAGUUCAGGUUGAGCCGCGUCAUGUGUUUAACGUGAUAACAAAAGGACCAAAAGUUGCGAGAACAUCCUUGACUAUCAAAAAGGAUAAGUUGCCAGAAGCGCACAAACGAAGAUCCCCAGGUCUUGUACAGGAGGGCAUGAUAGCAGUCAUCGAUGAAUAUGCGAAAGAUUUAAUUUCACCUCACCCCGAUACUCUGGUAAUUUCUAUUAUGGUUAAUAAUUGUAGAAUUAGGAAUGUUGUGGUUGAUCCAGGUAGCUCGGUCAACGUCAUUCAGUGGGGAGUCAUUGAACAACUAGCAAUGAUGGGUGAGUUAACACCAUCUUCAAAUGUGUCCAGUAGAAUUAAUAAUUCAAGCAAAACAAAGAAGGGGGAAAUCGUGUUGUCAAUUAAUGCGGGAGGAGUGAUCAAGAGUACAAGGUUUUAUGUCGUAAACGGUGGCAUGGAAUGUAAUGCUGUCUUCGAGAGACCUUGGAUUCACGAUAUGAAGUUACAGCUUUCGACAUUGCACGAGCAAAUAGAAUUUCCGACAUUCGAUGGAAUUGGACGUAUCCGGGGAACGAUUAGUGCUGGAAGGAAUUUUCAACACCAAGGUUGCAAUGGAAAAUGGAAGGGUAUAAGUAAGGAAUAA